UUCUUUCGUUAUGGAGAAAUGCAAAAUCGAUUUUUAUGCUUUCGAAAAGUACGUGCUCAACGGCGGUUCAGCCUGGUAUUUUAAUGGUAGUGUGCGUAUGAAACAACUCGUAACCGACUGUUUUAAUGUUUUCGGUCAUAUUAACUUUUUUGAAAUAAUGGGCUGCCACCAACACUUACGUCACGUGUAUCGAGAUGCGAAGGUUUAUUCAUAUAUGAAGGAUGAUAAAAAAUACAAUAUGACAACAAGUUUGUUGUUUUUUUCUUUGUUUGGGGCAAUCUCUAUCCCUUCAAUUUUACCUUUAUUAAUUUUAGUGCAAACACGUGCGAAGAGACAGCUAAAUCAUGCAAAAACGUUGGUGGAAAGAGCUGAAAGUCCUGGUCAGAAAAAGUUUGCUGAAAUAAGGGAAAAUUUGGCGCAACAGUUAUAUCAGCUUUUGAUUUUGCAAGAGUGCGGUUGCGAGAGUAAUUGGCUUAUUAAAGAAUAUUUACAAGCAAUGGAUUUUUCGCCAAAUUUAUCUUCAUCUACACGUGUACCUGUGACCCCAUACACAUUAUGGGAUUUUGUGUUUUUGGAUUCGUGGACAUUAGGCGAUGCUUCUUUGGCGGACAACAUUCGGGCACAGGUUUUAUUUUCUUUUUCCAGCUCUAUAUCAAAAUAAAAAUUAAGGG